CUUUUAAAUUCAGGUUCUUUUAGCUAACUGGUAUUGAAUUUAAAGAAAUCGUUCAAGAUUUACCUUUGGUAAAGUGAACUCAGUUUAAGAUUAAGAAACUGGUUUCAAACUGACCCUCUGGCCUCUGGAGCAAAUUCAAAUUUAACUUCCCAUCCCCCUUCUCUUCCAGAUUCAUUGAAAGAAGAACAAACAGUAAUUCUUGAAGAGAACUGAGCAAUUUUACUUGUACCAUUUUCAAUUAAGUUCAAGUGGAGUCAAAGAGUUUUCUUACUGGUUCGAAGAUUUAUAAGCUUUUAUUUUAUCAACACAGACCAACAGAUCAUUUUGAGAGACGGUCCUUCACUCCCCCACUUUGUGUGUGUGUGUGUGUCUUCAGUGCCAAAAAUUAAUUUUGGGUGCAGCAUAUUGACUUGCUUGUGUCUAAUUUUGUGACACGAGCAGUUGCGUACAUUUCUCUGUCUUUUGCUAAAAAACAGAUUACCUUUACCUAGGCAUCUUGAUUUGAGAAAAUUACUGACUUUUUGAUUUUGUAUAUAAUCUAAAGAAUUUUUUUAAAGAGACUUUUUCCCAGGCUGACUGUUAAAAUCAUAUUCUUUCUUGUUAGGGGCAAGGAGAAAUUUUACAGCAUUUGCCCUGAAAUUUUGAGUGCAAACAGAAUACAGUUGCAACAUCUCUUGAGUACUGCAGGGAAAUUUGGAAAAAUUUUUUUGAAAUUUCUUUUUAGGAGAGUUGAGUUACCAUAAUUAUUGGUAUAUGUUACUCUCUUUCCUUCAAAUACGGAAUUAAGUAACAAUGCAAAUCUCAGACUUGGUUAUUUAAACUUGAUACUUUUUAGCAAUGGAAAACCUACAGACAAGUUUCUCCGCGGUUCAGUGCUCAAGUAAAAAACUGAAUGGGAUGGAAGACGAUGGCAGUCCUCCAGUGAAAAAAAUGAUGACGGACAUUCACGCGAGUGGAAAAACGGGGAUGAACAAAAUGCCUACGGUGAAGAAGGAACACUUGGAUGACUACGGGGAAGCGCCAAUGGACACGGACGGAGAGCCGGUCAAGCGGGCCUGCGCCUCGGUGCCCGAACCGUUGCAUUUAAAUCCCAGUCUGAAGCACACUCUAGCCCAAUUUCACUUGAGUAGUCAGAGCUCUCUGGGUGGUCCAGCGGCGUUUUCAGCCCGGUAUUCCCAAGAGAGCAUGUCGCCUACAGUGUUUCUGCCUCUCCCGUCGCCUCAGGUCCUUCCUGGCCCACUCCUCAUUCCUUCUGACAGCUCCACCGAGCUCACGCAGACUGUGUUGGAAGGGGAGUCGAUUUCUUGCUUUCAGGUCGGAGGGGAAAAGAGACUGUGUUUGCCUCAAGUCCUAAAUUCUGUCCUCCGAGAAUUUUCACUCCAGCAAAUAAAUACAGUGUGCGAUGAGCUGUAUAUUUAUUGCUCAAGGUGUUCCUCCGACCAGCUUCAUAUCUUGAAGGUCCUGGGAAUACUUCCGUUCAAUGCCCCGUCCUGUGGGUUGAUCACAUUGACUGAUGCUCAGAGACUCUGUAAUGCUUUACUGCGACCACGCACUUUCCCCCAAAAUAGUAGUCUACUUCCUGCUAAGAGCUCAUUGGCCCAGUUAAAGGAAACGGGCCGUGCCUUUGAAGUGGAACACGAAUGCCUUGGCAAGUGUCAGGGUCUGUUUGCACCCCAGUUUUAUGUUCAGCCUGAUGCACCGUGCAUUCAGUGUCUGGAGUGUUGCGGCAUGUUUGCACCACAGACGUUUGUGAUGCAUUCCCACAGGUCACCUGACAAAAGGACUUGUCACUGGGGCUUUGAAUCAGCCAAAUGGCAUUGCUAUCUUCACGUGAACCAAAAAUACCUAGGGACGCCCGAAGAAAAGAAACUGAAGAUCAUCUUAGAAGAAAUGAAGGAGAAGUUUAGCAUAAGAAAUGGAAAGAGAACUCAAUCGAAGAUUGAUACACCACCAGGAUUGGAAUUGCCGUCAUGGUACCCUGUUAUAAAGCAGGAAGGUGAUCAGAUUUCUCAGACACAUUCAUUUUUACACCCCAGCUACUACUUAUACAUGUGUGAUAAAGUGGUUGCCCCCAAUGUGUCACUCACUUCUGCUGCAUCUCAGUCUAAAGAGGUCACAAAGCCAGAAGCAAGUAGAGCUACGUCAAGACAGUCAGAGAAGCCUCACAGUAGUGGGAAACAUCAGAAAACAGUGUCUUACCCAGAUGUCUCACUUGAGGAACAGGAGAAAAUGGAUUUAAAAACAAGUAGAGAAUCGUGUAGCCGUUUAAAAGAUCCAUCCACCUCAAACACUUCUACUGGUAAAAAGAAACCUGAGUCUGUUAGUUGCAACUUGGUCAGAGAGUCAAGCAAGAUGGAAAUUGACCAUGAUGCUCCAGCUUCGACUUCACAUCUCGUCAAAGACAUUAUUUGUGAGGAUGAUAAAGGAAAAAUCAUGGAGGAAGUAAUGAGAACUUAUGUGAAACAACAAGAAAAACUGAACUCUAUUUUGCAGAAAAAACAACAACUUCAGAUGGAAGUUGAAAUGCUGAAUAGUUCUAAAGCUAUGAAGGAACUCACUGAGGAACAGCAGAAUUUACAGAAAGAGCUUGAAUCUUUGCAAAAUGACCAUGCUCAAAGAAUGGAAGAAUUUUAUGUUGAACAAAAGGAUCUAGAGAAAAAGUUAGAGCAGGUUAUGAAGCAAAAAUGUACCUGUGACUCAAAUGUAGAAAAAGACAAAGAGGCUGAAUAUGCAGCACAGCUGGCUGAGCUGAGACAGAGGCUGGACCAUGCCGAGGCCGAUAGGCAAGAACUCCAAGACGAGCUCCGGCAGGAGCGGGAGGCAAGACAGAAGCUGGAGCUGAUGAUAAAAGAGCUGAAACUGCAAAUUUUGAAAUCAUCAAAGAUUGCUAAAGAAUAGAACCUUUUAAGGAGAUACAUUUGUAUAUUCUGAACAGGGUUUAUUUUUCUUUUUUUUUUCCCUUUGGUAAUUGAAUUCUGAACAAUUUCCGUGCACAAAAAUAACUUGACAGUCUGUCAAUUUGUAGAUCCGAGAAAAUGAAAAAUUAUAUAUUAGUACCUAACUUUUUACAUUUUCCAGAUGAAUGAAAACGUCUGUUCGUUUGUACUUUCCCCCACGUCCAGUUUAGUAACAAGGCUAUGUGGUUUCAAUGAGUAAAUAAUCUGCCUAUAUUUCUAAUGCAAAUAAAUACCUACGACUUGUAUACUUUUUAAAAUCUUCAUUGCAUGAUGGAAAAUAGUUGUCAAUAUUGUUCAUAUUGCAGACACAAUUUUAGAUACAUCAGAAAAUUAAAAUAUAUAUAGUCACCUAAGGUGACUUCAAUUUGUUUUGUUUUUGCUUUUUGAGUCACACCCAGCGAUGCCCAGGGGUUACU